AUGCGCGCGGUGCAGGAAGGAAAAUCGGGAAUGUAUCCUAGUCGAGUGAGGAAGAAGGCUCUGACCACCACCCACUUGUCCACAUUGUCGAACCCUCCGCCCUUGACAACCCUCCACGAGGAUAUCCUUGAUACCUCUCCCACCGUCGAUUCGCGGCCACGCCCGCCCGCAUUCUUGCAACCCACCCCUCUUCGGGAUCCCACCACUGCAGGCGCAAGCGCAGUCCGGCAGGACAGCAGUGGAGGUCCGGCCUUGAGCGCAAAUGCUGGCGAAGACGAUGAUACUGCGUCGACUGCUGACAGCUCAAUCGGCGAUACCAUACCUAGAAACCCGUCAGAUGCCUGGCAGUUGUUGAAAGAUGUCGCGAAUCGGGAGGCAGACCAUCUCAAGGCGACAGCGGCAGCAAAUCAUCAGCACGACUCUGCGAACCAGAUGUUACAGAAUGGGCAAUUGUCCGAGCCAAGAGGAUCUAUCAACGGUAUACACGCAGGCAUCUCGACGUACCGUCUCGUGCGUGAAGGCUAUUUGACCGCCGAAAUCAUCCAGAUGCUAGUCAGGCGAUUCGCCGAGCAUUACCAUCCAUAUCUGCCCUUGGUCCCACGCAAGUAUUUCGAUCCGAGCCAACUAGACGCCUUCGCUGCCAACGACAAACACCUUCUUACUGCCGUCAUCACCAUCUCUUCUAAAGAUCUUAUCGAGCAACCGAACAUUCACACCUGCUGUUCCAGGUAUAUGCAUGAUCUCAUUUCUGGGAUAGCAGGGGGGCACGAUUGCGACGUCGAGGCGGUUGAGGCGUUGCUCCUGCUGGCCGAAUGGGAGCCGCAAGGUCUGCGAAACCGCAUUGAAGCGGUUGGGAGAGGCGAAGAAGAUCGCUCAGCUUGGAUGCAUGUUGGGAUGGCUCUUCGGACGGGCUACUUCUUGGGUCUGGACCGAACAGCUUUCCGGCAAGAAUCUGCAGAAGAAGCCAGGAUCGACGGACGGAAGCGUCUAGCAUGGGCCAACUGCUAUGUCUCUGAUCGAUUGAUAUCGGUCAGGAUCGGAAAGGCCUUCUGGUCGAGGGGACCAGGUCCGAUGACAGGACUCUCAUCGCAAGACUUCCCAUCGCUGCAGCCGCUCAACCCCGGUGACGAGGACCACGCCAAAAUCAUGCAAGCGACUCUCGACUUGACACAGCUUUACUCGAACGUCCACGACGUCCUAUACUCAGGGAUGCGCACUAGCGGCCAGAUGAUGCUGAUGGGCGACUAUGUCAAGUAUGUGGACGAUUUUCGGGCCGCCAUUGCGAGGUGGAAUACCACUUGGGGAAAACUGGAGUGUUCGCCGUACAUCAAGGUCACACUGCAACUGUCGUACGAAUAUUUGUGUCUCUACACAAAUGCCUUUGCUUUUCAGGCUGCUAUAGCCCAGGCGAUUGCGAGCAAGCCGAAGACCGAAGCACAUUCACUACGAGACCACCUUCGGAGUGUCUUUAGUAACGUUGGCGCCAUGCCAGAUGCACGCUUCAUCUGGGCAAGUGUGGGCGCCGCGAAGGCUUACCUCACGCUACUCAGCACGCAGAUUGAUCCGAGCAAGUACCUGCGAUACAUGCCUUUGAGGUACUAUCUGUAUUGCAUCUACUCGGCCGUGUUCCUGUACAAAGCCCGGUCGUUCGGCGUGAUGGCCGACAUGGAGGAACGACAAGUUCGACAGCUGGUCUUGCAGACCAUGGACGUCCUCAAGCGAGCGUCCGUAUCCGCUCAGGAUCCUGGAUCACGUUACGCAAGAUUGCUAGAGUUGUUGUGGAUGAAGCCGCACAAGCCGGCUUCACAGCUACCACAUCCGUUGCAAUCCCCCGCCACCUCGGAUGGGCCGCUGUCGUCGAGUGGGAGCGUCCGCGUCGAUGCACAGGGCUACAUGCAAUUCAGUCCUGCCAACGACUUCUCCUGGCUUGACCUCGAGGCCGUCGGAGACUAUGUCUCUGGCGACCAGAUGCCUGGCAACGGCAUGAACAUCCUCGCUCCGAUGGCAGGGUUCGAAACGUCGGCGCCUUUUACGCCUCAAGGUCAGAAUAUGCAAUGGCAGCAGACGAGCAAUAAUGGUGCGAACUGGCCCACGGACUGGAACGGCAACUUGUUCUUCUGA